AUGUGGAAUCCUCAUCCAUUUCCACAGUGCUACCGACAUUGCUAUUUAUUUACUGUUGAACAUGGAGAUGUUUACCUAAUUCAUCGAGGACCAAAAGGGGAUGUACAGUUAAUCCAAAUCACUACUGCUGAGACUGGCAUCAUUGAUGAUACACAAAAGCAGUCAGUGAAUACAAUCUCAGAUGGUAAAAUUCUUCCAGGAGGAAAAGUUAGACAUGGUUCAGAAUUAAAUGUCACCUGUCAGACGGGGUUUGCAUUAGUUAAAUCAAAUCAACCGAUUACUGUUUGUCAAAAUGGAGUCUGGAGUGUUCGAAGCAAGUGCGUGCCAGGUAAGUAUUAG